AUGGAUAUCCACAGAUGUCGAUUCGUGCCAUAUAAUCCGCAAGCGAUCAACGCGCUGGCCUUUUCGCACCCUCCCUCAAAUGAGAUCCAAGGCAGAGGUUUUCCCACAUUAAGACUUGCGAUCGGACGAGCGAAUGGUGAUAUCGAGAUUUGGAACCCUCUACGUGGUGCCUGGUUUCAAGAAUCUAUUCUUCGUGGAGGAAAGGACCGCAGCAUCGAAGGAUUAGCAUGGACACUUGACCCAAGCGAAACUAUUGAAGGCAAGGAGGUGGCGGGAAAAUUGCGACUCUUCAGCAUCGGAUAUUCCAGCGUUGUGACGGAGUGGGAUUUGGAAUCAGGCCGCCCAGCAAGGCAUUCAAGCGGAAAUUAUGGAGAAAUCUGGUGUCUAGCAGUCCAGCCUCAAUGGAGGCCACGGCGCAAGAAGUAUGGGGAUUCUGGCCCUGCUAGAGAAGAGGGAUAUCUGGGACAACAUUUGGCGGUUGGAUGUGCAGAUGGUACUAUCGUGAUCCUGUCUACAGAGGAUGGAGAUCUGAAAUACCUGAAAACCAUAAGGUCGUCGACUAAGCGUACGAGAGUUCUCAGCAUCACUUUUCAGAAUCGCCAUACCGUUGUUGCUGGGUAUGCCGACAGCACAAUUCGAGUAUUCGAUAUACGCAAUGGCAGCUUGCUACGGACGAUCUCUCUCGGCACGGGACACGCAAAACACACCAAGGAGCUGCUUGUCUGGACUGUCAAGUGUCUACCUGAUGGCUCCAUAAUAUCUGGGGACUCGGCCGGUGAAGUUCGGAUUUACGACGCGAAGAACUACUCUCUGGUUCAAAGAUUGCAAGGACAUCAGGCGGAUGUGUUGGAUAUCGCUGUUAGUGCAGACGGAGAAUCCAUUGUUAGUGGUGGUGCAGACCAGCGGACGGUCCUCUAUAAAUUGAAGCGCCGUGAAAAGCAAAUGACAACAAGAAGAUGGGCGGAAGUGAUGCAUCGACGCUAUCAUACACAUGACGUCAAGGCUCUCGCUGCUUUCGAGACUAAGGAUAUUAGCAUAGUUGUGUCGGGAGGCCUUGACACGACGCCUGUCGUUCUUCCGCUGAGGGAGCUUGGAAGGGAACAUCACCGAAAAUUACCAAACCUACCACAGAUACCUCAAGUCUCAUCAUCUGGCGCAUCUCGACUCCUAAUGAGUUGGUGGGAUCGUGAGGUCAACAUUUGGCGUGUUGCUGGUUCAUUUGGGUCUGAUAUGGAACAACACAAGCUUGUAGGAAAGAUCUUAUUCCAGGGCGACGAGCACCUCACAUGCGCGGCUCUAUCACGGGAUGGAACUAUACUCGCUGCUGCCACUAUAUCGGAAGUUAGGUUAUUUACUUUAACACCAGAUCAAGUGGAUGGUUUUCCUAGUCUACGGGUUCACAAGAUAGAGCUUCCUUCUCGAUUAGCCUCUGAUGGUGCUAAGAACAUCGCCAUAUCGCCUGAUUGCAAGUGGCUAUGUGUACUGCGUCCAAACAACGAUAUAUACAUGGCUAAGCUUACAAGAGAAUUCGAAACGAAUUGGAUCCUCGAAGUUCUACCCAGUUCACAAAAAUUGACCCGCCUACCAAGACAAACCCGCGUUGAUAAGCCUCUUCACGGUACGCUAGGUUCUUAUGAUAGAACCGUACGCUGUAUCACAUUCUCAGGUGACAGCCGAAUUUUUGCCUGUGGUGACCUCGCUGGGUAUGUGGACGUUUGGUUCCUUGAUCGCAGGAAUGAUGCCCCUGCCACGAUCAAAGAAACCGAGGAUGAAAAUGCGGAUUCUUCGGACGAGGAUUCGGAUUCUGACGACGAGGACAGCUUGCCAUCUGGAGUGUGGUGGAAACACACGCCUUCUAAAGCUAUUCUUCCUCGCCUAAACUCCAGCGUUCUGCUGAUGACCUUCCGCCCUACUCUUGAAGCAUCCGACACAUCGAAGAGUAAACAGGCAUCUACCAUACCAGUUCCCCAUGAAUCCGACCUCAGUGCGUCGGAUGACAGGUUAAUGAUAUUAACUUCCGAGCAUCAUUUAACUGAAUUUAACGCGCUUAGAGGGAACCUUUCCGACUGGGCAAGAAGAAACCCGAAGGCAUGUAUGCCCUCUGAAUUUACCAUCAUCAAAGAUAGAGCCAUGGGCGCCAUUUGGGACGUUGCAGGUGGUCGAGAUCGCCUCUGGCUGUACGGCCCAGCUUGGCUCUGGAUGUUUGAUUUAUUGCAAGACUAUCCUGCCUCAGAGCCACAGCAUGCCAGUACCUCAGGGCAUAUACCUCCACACAAGAGGAAACGUCAAGGCUAUGAAGAACAUAGCGUCGAAGGGGAGAGGAAGAAAAAGAAGACAAAUACUGGCGCUGGAGAUAGAGUGGCACUUGCCGAUACCGAAGUCGGUUUCGGACCGGCAAUUAAGAAAGGCGUGGGAGCAAAUGGGACGAAUGCCGAAUUGGUACCCAUUGAGAGCCAAAUGAAUGACAACUCGCUGCCUGAUGAUGAGGACGAUGAUGAUGGUGACAUCGACGAGCUUGCUCUCGCUAACGAAGCGACACUCGCUUCACUGCGCAGACAGCAGUUCCCUGGAGUUAACGGACAGGCUCUUAAUGGGAACCAUCUACCAAAUGGAGCGGAGCAUGGGAAUCAGGUAGCGAAGCUAUCCACACCAGAGCCAGAAUCAGACCACAAUGCAGAAUCACACCCUCGCCAAUGGUGGUCUAUCUUCAAGUAUCGAGACAUCCUAGGAAUUGUGCCUUUGAGCCACAAUUCUCAAUCCACAGUGGAGAGUGCAGAUCUAUCGGAAGCAGAAGACGCGAAAUCGGUGCCUCUGGAAGUCGUGGUGAUAGAGAGGCCGAUAUGGGACGUUGACCUGCCGGGCAGAUAUAUACGAGACUACGAAUAA